AUGAAGCAAGAGAACCCAAGCACAAACAAUGCUCCAGAGAUUAACAAAAUCGUCGUCGAGGAGGAUCGAAUUAGCGAAACUGCUACAAAUGAAGAAGGUCUAUCGUCUUACACUGUCAACAAUCAAAAGAAAGGCUAUGUCAAGUCAAUUGUAGCCAAGGUCUUGGGCGAUAUCUAUUCUUCCGAUGAUCCGCAGUUGUAUUCACCCACGAAAAAGAAUACCAUUGUGCUUCUGAUUGCCCUGAUUAGUAUCAAUGGCUCAAUGGCUCAAUUGAUCUAUUUGCCUGGUAUCCUCCAAAUGGCCGAUAAUCUGAAUGCUUCACUACCAGCUAUUGAUAGUACUGUCUCCGCCUAUGUUGUAUUUGCUGGCAUUGCCCCUCUGUUCUGGUCAAGUAUGAGCGAUGCUUAUGGAAGAAAGCCAAUGUAUAUCUACAGCCUGUCUAUAGGCAUUGUAGCUUCCGUUAUCUGUGCUUUUUCAAAGAACAUCGUCAUGUUGGUCAUCUUUCGUGCCGUUCAAGCGUGUGGUGCAACUUCAGGGCAAGCAUUGGGUGCCGGCGUCAUUUCUGAUCUAUUUGAUGUUACUCGACGAGGAAAAGCCUAUGGUGUAUUUUUCGUUGGGCCACUUUUUGGCACGGUUGUUGGCCCUACAGUUGGCUCUCUUCUUUGUCAAUAUCUCGGCUGGCAAGCAACGUUCUACUUCAUAGCUAUAUUUGCUGGACUUCUCUUGAUUAUGCUGAUAUUUCUCUUACCUGAAACGCUCCGUAAAUCAGCUACUUCUAAAAAGGAGCAAUGCAAUGGCAGAGAACGCUUUGUUGCUUUGAAAACGAUGCGCAAUGUAUUUUAUCCAAUGAUUACUAUGGUCAGAGAUCCCACUGUCGUCUUAAUUACCUUGUACAAUACUGUCAUCUACUCUUCGCUGUUCUUUCUUGCAAGUAUAUAUGCGCACCUCAAUCGACUCAGUUGUAGUAACUGUAUUCGCAGAAUCAAUCAAUGA